AUGGAAUCGAGUAAUGGAGUAUCUCUAGAGAAAUUCACUUGGAAGGACUUGGAAAUGUUCACCAAUAACUUCAGUGAGAAAAUUUUUAUUGAUGUCACCCAAUAUGGCAAGGUUUACCACGGAACAACUCCCCAGGGUCAAGGGGUCACAGUGAAGAUCUGGGGAAAUUUUGGAUUCUACCCCCAUUUUGGUGUUAAAAACGAUGUCAGAUUGCAACAAGAACUACGAUUCUUGGGGCAUUCAAGCAUGCAGAAUAAUCCUUGUUUGGUGAAGCUGAUCGGAUAUUGCAUCGAUGGUGAUGAUCAUCUGGGUGUUGUUUACAAUAUUAAGUCUAGGGAUGCUUUUACUUGGACAGACAGAAUGGGCGUGGCACUUAAAUUUGCAUGUCUGCUUGAGACUUUGCAUUCUGAUGACCCCCCGUACUUGGUUCGCAAUAUCGACGCUGCUCACAUAUUGCUUGAUCAGGAUUUUGUUCCUGUUCUGUUCGACUUUUCUCUGCUCACCGGUGGUAUUUUUGGUGAUUGCCAAACGAUGGAUUUUCCCAGUAUGCCUGUGGGCUAUGUGGAUGGUGUCUAUUCUUAUACAGGUCACUAUGCAAAGAGAUCGGAUGUAUUUGCAUUUGGUGUUGUACUCUUAAUGCUGAUAACCAAAAGGGUUGGAGCCAGAGUUACGAAAAAGAAGAGAGAUAAUAUGCCGAUGGAUAUGGCAGAACGAUGUGUUUAUGUUUGGGCAGAAAUAGAGUACAAACGACUAAGCAAGAUGAUUUGGACUAAGCCCUCCCUUGUGCAUAAAAGCUUGAAGGUGGACACAUGUUUUGAAUCACAACAUGGGCUUGCAAUGCGCUGUGUAAAACGUCUUGAUCCGUUUGGGGAGCUGGAUGGCCAGGGCAAGCGGCCAUCAAUGACGGAAGUUGUUCGCAGCUUACAGUCCAUAUGCAUGUGA